AUGCCUCACGCAACCGCAACCGUAAACGGUGUCGUAGUCGCAGAGACCGAUACCUGGGAGGUCGUCGACGGAAACAUUUAUUUCCCACCCGAUGCCAUCAAGUCUUCCCACUUUAGCCCAACGUCGACCAAAACACACUGCCCUUACAAGGGCGACGCAAGCUACUACACAGUGACGACGAACAAGACCGAGGUGAAAGAUGCGGCAUGGUAUUAUGCGACGCCAAAGGAGAGUAUGAAUAAGAUCAAGGGGUUUGUGGCGUUUUACAAGGGGAAGCCUGGGGUUGAGGUUAAGAGCGAGUGA